UGGACGCUCGGGUGGUGACGCAACUUCCGCUCGGGCGGCUGUCGGGAGGGGCUCGGGGGCGAUUUCGCGGGCUCCCGGCGGCCUGGGCCAGGGCGGUGCGAUGAGGUCGGUCAGCUAUGUGCAGCGCGUAGCCCUGGACUUUAGCGGGAGUCUCUUCCCGCACGCAAUCUGCCUCGGAGACGUCGAUAACGAUACGUUAAAUGAACUGGUGGUGGGCGACACCAGCGGGAAGCUGUCUGUGUACAAGAACGACGACAGCCGGCCGUGGCACACCUGCUCCUGCCAGGGCAUGCUGACCUGUGUGGGGGUGGGCGACGUAUGCAAUAAAGGGAAGAACCUGGUGGUGGCCAUCAGCGCCGAAGGCUGGUUUCACCUGUGUGACCUGACCCCCGCCAAGGCCCUCGAUGCGUCCGGGCACCACGAGCCGCCGGCGGCCGAGGAGCAGCGCCCGGUCUUCAAGCAGCACGUCCCGGCCAACACCAAGGGCAUGCUGAUCCAAGACAUCGACGGGGAUGGACGCUGUGAGCUGCUGCUCGGCUACACGGACCGAGUGGUCCGAGCCUUCCGCUGGACGGACCUGGGCGAGGGCACCGACCACCUGGCCGGACAGCUGGUGUCCCUCAAGAAGUGGGUGCUGGAGGGGCAGGUGGACAGUCUGUCCGUGAUGCCGGGGCCCCUGGGCACUCCUGAGCUGAUGGUGUCGCAGCCCGGCUGUGCUUACGCCGUCCUCCUGUGCACCUGGAACAAGGACCCCGGGCCCCCUGCCGCCUCCGAGGGGGGCGCGGACGCCAGCAGGGACGCCCCGGCUGCCCGCGACGUCGUGCUGCACCAGACGUCUGGCCGCAUCCACAACAAGAACGUCUCCACCCACCUGGUCGGCAACAUCCGGCGAGCAGGCCACUCCCCGGACAGCACCGGCUCUGGCCUCUUUGCACUCUGCACGCUGGACGGGACGCUGAAGCUGAUGGAGGGGGCCGACAGACUGCUGUGGUCUGUGCAGGUGGACCACCAGCUCUUCGCCCUGGAGAAACUGGACGUCACGGGCGACGGGCAGGAGGAGGUGGUGGCCUGUGCCUGGGACGGACAAACGUACAUCAUCGACCAGAGCCGCACCGUCGUGCGCUUCCAGGUGGACGAGAACAUCCGAGCCUUCUGCGCAGGGCUGUACGCGUGCAAAGAGGGCCACAACAGUCCUUGCUUCGUGUACGUGACCUUCAACCAGAAGAUCUACGUGUACUGGGAGGUGCGGCUGGAGCGGAUGGAGUCCACCAACCUGCUCAAGGUGCUGGGGCCCCAGCCCGAGUACCAGCGCCUGCUGGCCGAGCUGGGCGUGGACCCUGGCGACCUCCCCGCCGCCCGAAACCUGCUGCACCAGCUCCUGUACCAUCCGCAUCAGCCACUGCAGGGCGCCCCCGCCAGCCCCCGGACCCCACCCAGCUGGGCCGGCCUGGACGCCGCAGAGGAUUGAGCCGAUUGAGACCCCCUCCCCCACGGCCCCCAGGGCUGUGGUCUUGGCAGGAGGAGGGCCCACCUGGUCCAGAGGAGCCUGCGAAUGGCGCCCCCGGGGGACCCGUGGGACCGCAUAGCCCUCACGGGUGCUCCCUGGUGGAAGAAGCGACACGCGACACCACCCGUGUCCUUUUGGCGCCGCAGGGCUAUGGGGCCCGCGCCUGCCCUGCCGAGAGCCCCCCGCCCUCGCAGGAGAGCGGGCUUGUCUGCGGGACAGCACAGAUGACUGGGGUCGGGGCACGGGCUGGGACUCACCGGAGGGGCCACCCAGGACCCACUCCCGACUGCGGCUCAGGGGACCAGACACCGUGCCCAGGGGUGGCGUGGGGUCACACACACACACACACACACGCUGCCUACCCUUGGGGGAGGUUGGGGAGGGACAGCAGCGUGGUCGGGCAGGGGCCCGGGCUGCCUCCCCCUCGCCGCUGCCGUGGCCCCGGGCAUCGCCGACUUGAGCCCUCCCCCCGGGACUGGCACGCGGGGUUGGCUUUCACCCCUGCAGCCCGGCCCUCCGUGCGCCCGGCGAGUCUGGUGGUUCACCUCCGUUGACCCCUGUGAGUGGCUCCGCGCUGCCUCGUGUGCAGGGGCGAUGGCCCUGCCCGCCUACGGGGUGGGACACCCGCGCGUGGCACGCUGCACCCUGGCCCUGGGGGCCUUGAAAAGCCGGGCCGCUUUUCAGGUGGCUGUUUGCAUACCCGGGGGGUGGGGGUGGCAUCUCAGCCAGCAGUUUUGGAAUAAAUGAAAGCGGGCGGAGAGGA